GGGCUUGACGUCCCGGGAAAAUGUGUCCCCGGCCCGGCCCGGCCCGGCCCCGCCCUUCAGCCCACAGCCUGGUCCGGUUGCCUGUGGCUGCUCAUCCCCCAGCACCACCCGCCUCUCUUGCCAUAGCAGCCGCAAAGGCGCCUGCAGCACGGCAGCGGCCGGGGCCGGGGCCGGGGCCGGGGCUGGGCGUGGUGUUUGCAGUGCGGCCCGGGCGGGGGAGGGCAGCCGGGCCGGGCCGGGCCGACGCUCGGAUCACGUAUCCCGUGAUGCUGCCGCGUGCCACCGCCUGCUCCUCCUCUCCACGGCCCGGGUUUUCCAGCCCGCAGAGCAGCCGCCGCAGCCCCGGCCUCGCAGCGCCAAGGCUGGGCGACGGGACCCGGGCGUCGCCUGCUCUCCAGCCAGCGGUCUCGCCAUGACGGCGUCCAUGAGGCAGCGGUUUGAUAAGUUCCUGCAUGAGAGGAACUGCCUGACCAGCCUGCUGGAGAAAAUCGAGACCAAGACCGGGGUGAACCGAUCCUGCAUCGCCAUCGCUGUCAUUGGCGUGCUGGCCGUGUACCUGGUGAUCGGCUAUGGAGCAUCUCUGCUGUGCAACCUGAUCGGAUUCGCUUAUCCUGCCUACAUCUCAAUCAAGGCUAUUGAAAGCCCCAACAAAGAUGAUGACACACAGUGGCUGACCUACUGGGUUGUGUAUGGCAUCUUCAGCAUAGCAGAAUUCUUCUCCGAUAUCUUUCUGUCUUGGUUCCCUUUCUACUACAUGCUGAAGUGUGGCUUUCUGCUAUGGUGCAUGGCUCCAAGCCCUUCCAAUGGAGCAGAGUUUCUCUACCACCGAAUUAUUCGCCCUUUCUUCUUGAAGCACGAGGCUCAAUUGGACAGCGUUGUGAAGGAUCUGAAAGAUAAAGCUGCAGAGACUGCGGAUGUCAUUACUAAAGAAGCCAAGAAAGCUACAGUGAACUUACUGGGUGAUGAGAAGAAGGGCAUUUAAACUGUUAGCAGGAUGAAGAAAGUUGCCCCCCCUCAUCUCCUUUAUACUGCUCGAUGUUACUGGGGGACUGCGGUAUAAUUUUAAUGUUGCCUUGGAAACAUUUGAUAUAUUAAAGGAACGUGUUGUAAGUUUGCUUACUUUUAUGUUGUCUGUAUAGAAAGUAAGCACUUUAAAUGCAGUGCAAUGGGCAGCAUCUAAAACUUAUCUUAUUCAUCUCUAUACGGGAGAGAGACCUUUCAGUAGUGUCUCAUCCUGCCAUGAACACACUUAAAUAAAAUUAUAUCUAUAUCCCACAGGCUCUGCAUGUUAGUUUUUCUUUGUGCAUGCAUUCUCUGUAUUUACAGUUAACAUUUGACUGGUUCUUCCUGUAACGAUCAUUUUUGUAUGCAAAAGUAAUGCGUUCUACUUGGAUUUUCAUGCACAUGUAUUUGCAUAUACAGGAAAUAAAUUAUCAGAGGGAAGUGGCUUAAUACAGCUCUUCCCCACCAGUGAAGCCAACUGCACUAUGCACUUGGUCAAGGAGAUUCUGUAUUGUUGCAUGUACCACUUGUAACCUGCAGUAUUUAGUACAAAGUAUGUGUGUUCAAUAUUAAAUGGGUAGUUCUUAAACACAGAAAAGAGCACGUUAGUGCAAAUGACCCAGGUUAUACUGGUGUGAAGUUAUUUGCCAGAAAUGGAUGCAUUGAACUGCUGGUGCAAACUGACUAAAGCAUAACCCCUGACUUGUUUGUUAAAUGUAAUUGGCAUGUGAAACAGUUCAGGAAUAGAGUACCUUACAAAUAAAAUUACACUCAAGCAGAAAGCAACUGUA